CUAAAUAACAUUUAAUUGAGAGGGUUUUUUCUUUUUUGGUAAAAGAGUUAAAUUAUUAUUUGAGAAUCUCGUUGCUUCAGCUGUGAUGAGUUAUCGUCUUCCAAGUAUCUUCACUCUCUCCCAUUCGCUGCUUAUUCUUCCCUAUUCUCACUUCACUCUCAGGGUUUGGUAUUGCCGGGGUAGUGAAAUGGAAGGCCGUGAUCUCUCGGGGGUCACAGUAAUAGGUGAUCCACAGUCUCUGGAGAAUAAAAUUUCCGCAAUUCGCGCCGCGGGUGCGGCCAAACUCCAGGUAAUUGCUGAUUUUGAUGCAACUUUAACGAGGUAUUGGAUCAAUGGGACUCGAGGACAAACCAGUCAUGGCCUUCUGCAGCAAGGGAAUCCGGAGUAUGAUGCCAAGAGGCAGGCAUUAUAUGAAUACUAUCACCCGCUUGAGUAUUCUCUAACACUCCCUAUUGAGAAGAAAACAAAACUCAUGGAAGAAUGGUGGGGUAAAACACAUGAUCUGCUUAUUGAGGGAGGCCUUACAUAUGAUGCAAUAAAGAGUUCUGUUGCUAGUGCCUACAUUGCUUUUAGAGAGGGUGUAGUGGAACUCUUUGAAUUUCUGGAGGAAAGAGAGAUUCCAGUUCUUAUUUUUUCAGCUGGGCUUGCAGACAUCAUAGAGGAGGUCCUGAGGCAGAAAGUUCACAGAUACUUUAAAAACAUUAAGAUUGUGUCAAACCGAAUGGUAUUUGAUGACAAUGGUCGCCUCAUAUCUUUUAAAGGGAAGACAAUCCACAGUAUGAAUAAAAAUGAGCAUGCUCUUGAUAUGGCUGCUCCUCUUCAUGAUCAUUUAGGGGAUGCUAAUGGGCCGAUGAAUGACAAUGCUUCUGUGAAGCAGAGAACCAAUGUCCUGCUUCUUGGUGAUCAUAUUGGAGAUUUGGGAAUGUCUGAUGGUUUAACUUAUGAGACUCGAAUAUCUGUUGGGUUUCAGAAUGACAACAUUGAGAAAAAUCUUGAUCGUUAUCGCGAUGCCUUUGAUAUUGUUUAUCUGAAUGAUGCUCCAAUAUGGGGAGUGGUUGACCUUGUCUCUCGGUUGUUCCCAACAGAAGCCAAGUUAUGACCUUAUUUUCGACUUGCUACUUUGUUUAGGAAGUCGGUGGUGACUGAUGGCAACUGCAGAAUGUCACAUACCUACACAUGAAAA